AUGUCUGCGGAGGUCGUUGCUUACCCAGAGAUGCGUCUCGGACCGCCCAUACCCAUUCGCCUGAGGGAGGCUGUGCACUCGUCCCGUCUGAAACACGGCUGGAUUCUCGAACCUGAGCCUGUGGAAGAAUGUGUCCAGAGCACACUGGCUGCCUUGUACCCUCCUUUCGAAGCCACGGCCCCCACUCUUCUGAGCCAGGUCUUCGAAGUGCUGGAGCAGAUGUACCAACACGAUGCACUGCGCUACACCCUUGACUUCCUUGUUCCUGCCAAGCACAUCUUGGCUCGCAUCCAGAGUGAAGCCUGUGCUCAGUAUAGUGGCUUUGUCUUUUGUCAUGAAGGUUGGCCCCUGUGCCUUCAUGAAAAAGUCCUUGUCCAGCUGGGCUCCUUGCCAUGGCAACGCCUGUGUCCCGGGGAUUUCUACUUGCAAGUGGUACCUCACCGUGAAUGUGCUCCCCGCCUAGUCCUGAAAUGCCUCUCGCUGGAGGGCCGAGGAGUGCAGGAGUUGCCUGUGUCUCCGGACUCCUAUCGAUUCCUGUUCACCAUUGAAUGGCUCAAUGGCAUCAACAAAGAACGUCGGGUAGGGCGUCUGGAACGCUGCUUGCUGGCAGCUGGAGAAAAAGUGCUGAGCUUGCCCUGGGCUGAGCUUGUGUAUCCUCAGUUUGUACACACAGAUGGAUUUAUUGUGGGGCAGCAUUGCCCUACGGGUUUGACUCCCGAGGUCCUGGGGGCAAGGAGUCCGGGUGACGGACGUCAUUCUGGUGGAGAGAACCGGGAAUCUGAGGGGGAGUACGUUCACCUCUUAGAGGUCAGCCCCACCUUGCAUCAAGCACCCAGAAUCCCACAACCUUGCAGUGCCCAGAUUCAGACAAUGCCUGCUCGCAAGGGAUAUAGCAAAAAUAGGAGUCGGCGCCACCGGGCCUGGCUCCAUCAUAAUGAUGAUGUUGCUGAAGACACAGUUCUGGGGAAAGAAGACUUGCUUGACUCCAUUCACCGAGAUCCAACUCCUCCUAAGGAGGACAGCAAGGAAAGCCAUUCUCCAGCUUUAGCAACUCCAAAAUGUACCACCAAGGGAAACCGGAGGAAAAAGAAAGAUGCUGGGAGAGGAGCUGGUGCUACAAAGCCAGAAGACAGCACAGGAAAAUGUAGCAUUGGUGACAAUGAAGGCAGCUCUGGAGAAGGAAGCAUGGAAGGCCCAAAACUUAACACUGAAGAGCCAAAUGCUAAACCCAAGACUAGUGAACCAAGAACUGGUACUGAGGAGAUGCCAGAAGCAUUGCAAAGUGGAAUAAGUUAUAUUUUCCUUCUGUUUCUCUCCACACCAGGAGGAAUAGACAAGGCUGGCCAUUCCUUGCUGACCAUAGUGCCCCAGCCUCUUCAGGAUGAGUUGCCUCCAGGACAAGAGGAUCUGGUUAAUACCUUAAGAUAUAUGCACUCACUUCUCAGCGUUUCAUGUUUGCAGGAACUGUCAACUCAAAUCACCUUGCACCAGGAAACUAUGCAGAAAUUGCUUUCAGAGCCUCGUUUACUGGAACUCCAGUGCCGUGGAGGCUCCUUGCUGGCACAGCUACCUCUGUUGGGACCCUGCAGUACGCAAGCUGUGGAUGCCACAAGAAUCUAUCAAGAGGUGGAUGAAGCCCUUCAUGGACUUGUCCAACUCAGCAACCGGUGUCUUGAGGUAUUGCAGCAAGAGAAGAAAAACAUACAGGUUAAGCAAGAAGGCAAAACAUGCCUUCAGUCUGCUAAUAACCUGGCAUUACGAGCCUUGAGUGAUCCUGGUCGCCCUAGUGUGCAUAUACGUGGUCUGGAAGUAAGCAGCCGGGAACUGGCAGACAGGAGCUGUUCUCCCCGUGAACAUGUGCUGUUGGGACGCAGCAGAACUCAUGUUGCUGAAGCACCCUGGGGGGCCACACCUCGCAUGGAAAGAAGGCGUUGCCUUGGGGUCCAACAGCAGCUUUUGGUUGAGCUGCUGGAGUGUGAGCGGGAGUAUGUGGGUGCCCUUACCCAGCCCCUCUCUCUGUCUCAGGAGCCCAGGGGACAGGCCUGGACAGCUGAGUUAAGAUGCCUGGGCAGUGCCCUCCGGACCACGCGGGACCGGCUGCUGGCCUUCCAUUCCAACUGCCUCCUGAGCGAGUUGGAGGGGUGCAUGAACCACCUGUCACGCGCUGGCAGCUGCUUCCUGUGCCACAAAGAAGAGCUUCAAUUGUAUGCAACCUAUGCCAAAGAUCAUGACAAGUUCCAGGCUGCCCUGGCUUUGCUUCGAAGCACUGGCAAGAAAGGUCUGAUGGAGCCACGUGAGGAUGGACAAAUAGCAUACACUUUGCAGGUGCCUCUAGAGCAACUGGAGCGGUAUCGGCGCUUCCUGGGUGAGCUGCUACAUGAAUGUGAGCUCGAGCAGGGGCCUGACCGCCAAGCCCUACAGGAGGCCCAGCAACUGCUGGAGGCACAGGAGCAGCGAGGCAGAGACUUGUUGGCCACAGAGCAGAUCCGGGGCUGCGAGAUGAAACUGUCAGAACAAGGGCCAUUGCUUCAGUGUAGUGAACUCAUUCUGUUGUCUGGACGCCGUAAAUGCCAGCGACAUGUUUUCCUAUUUGAGCAGCUGCUACUCUUUACCAAAUGUAAAGGAGCUGAGGGUAGCUAUGUCUGCAAACAGGCCUUGCAGACUGCUUCCAUGGGGUUGACAGAGAGUGUGGGUUCUACUGGGUUACGUUUUGAGCUUUGGUUCGGAAGGGGACCAGCCCGGCAGGCCUAUACAUUGCAAGCAGCUUCCGCUGAAGUCAAGCAUCAGUGGACAAAUAUUAUAGCCCAACUGCUCUGGAGACAAGCGUUGGGUAUGGAGCCUGCAUCGGAAACUCCUUUCUCCAGGAAGCCAUGGACGGAAUUUAAUAAGAGGACUUUCUUUUAUGCCCAUAUAGAAAAGGCGAUAAAAAUAACUGAGAAGCCACACAGCAUCAACCUUAAAGACGAGAAGGCUUUGGGAUAUGAAAAUGACUGUGUGGUCAAGUACCAGUUAGUGAUGCCAAUCCUCGCCUGUGCUUUCAGUCAGGGUGCAGCGAAACAAAGCCAGUCUGUGUAA